UCGCAAUGCAGACACAAAAUAAUUAAUUACUCAUUACCCGAACACUAUUUAUGAACUUUUAUGAUUGAAUAAUGAUCAGUGAUUCCUUAGCUAUUUUCCUAUAUCAUAAAUGUGCAUAAAUUGUGCUUAAAAAAAGUGUAAUUAACGAUUUUGCAUACUCAUUAUCGUGUAUAUUCCUCCUGUGCGUUGUUAGGUUAGACGCAGAGCGCCUCAAUCAAACAGACUUUACAACUUCGCUAUAUCUUGGUAGAGACUGUAAUUAGCUUUAUGUUUAUCGUUUGUUUGCUGUAGACAACACGUCAUCAUUGCCAAGAUCAUAAUCUAUAUAAAAAAGAUAAACGCGGAGUGCAAAAUGAACUUGGAUCUUUAGUCUAAUCGUAAAAUUAAACUGCAAUGAUUCAGAAUUGCGAGUCAGUAUUCAGUAUUCGUUCACCAGCCGCUUAAAGUUGUCUUUACCUGUUUCUAUGCACCUACAGAUAGUGCCAUUGACAUCCAGCACCUGUGGAUAUUUAGAAAAUGAAUCCUCUUACCAAACUACCUCUAAUAGCAAGAUUAUCUAAAAAUGUAAUACGCAUUUUAGGAUGCAAUGAAGGGCCUAUGACAUUGCAAGGUACAAACACAUAUCUUGUAGGAACAGGAACUAGGCGUAUAUUAAUUGAUGCAGGCGAAGAAAAAACUGCAGAAGAGUACAUAAAAGUAUUGAAAGAGGUAUUAGAUGAGGAGAAAGCUACAAUCGCUCAUUUGAUAGUCACACAUUGGCAUGCUGACCAUCUAGGAGGUGUUAACUCUAUUCAAAAUUUCUUGAAGGCAACUAAUGCUGAUGGAUCAGCUAGUAUAGUUUGGAAGUUGCCUAGGUCACUGGAAGAUAAAGGCAAAAUAACUAAGGAAGAAACAUCAACUGAAUGGCAACCAUUAAAGGAUAAACAAAUAAUGGAAGUUGAAGGAGCUAAACUUCGCAUUGAACAUACACCAGGGCAUUCUAGUGAUCAUGCUUCCCUUUUAUUGGAAGAUGAACGAGUAUUAUUUAGCGGAGAUUGCAUUCUUGGUGAAAGGACUGCAAUUUUUGAAGAUUUAUAUGAUUAUAUAUUGUCAUUGAAAAAAAUAAUGUCGAUGAAUCCAAAACUGAUAUAUCCAGGUCAUGGACCGGUUAUAACAGAUCCAGUGUCUGCAAUUAACCAUUAUAUUGAACAUAGGCAGAAAAGAGAAUUAGAAAUUUUAGGAAUUUUACAGGAAAACACAAAAGAUAACACAAUGUCUGAAAUGGAUAUUGUAAAACAUAUAUACACGGAUACUUCACAAAUCAUGUGGAAAGCAGCAGCCUACAAUGUGGAACGUCACCUCGAUAAAUUGUUAAAAGAAGGCAAAGUGAAAGGUGAAAAAGGAAAAUGGCAAAGUAUAUGAUUUAACUAAAAUUAGUAUGUUAUUUAAUUUAUAAUUGUAAAUUGUUAAAAUUCCUUGUUACGCUUGUAAAAUAAUACGUAUAUAAAUACUAUACAAGAAUGGACAAAAUACAGUAUAGCAUUGUUUCAUA